UUGUGCUCAUCGGGGACUCUGGGGUGGGGAAGAGCAACCUGCUCUCGCGCUUCACCCGCAACGAGUUCAACCUGGAGAGCAAGAGCACCAUUGGGGUGGAGUUUGCCACAAGGAGCAUCCAGGUGGACAACAAGACGGUGAAGGCUCAGAUCUGGGACACGGCCGGGCAGGAGCGGUACCGGGCCAUCACCUCGGCGUACUACAGGGGGGCGGUGGGAGCUCUGCUCGUCUACGACAUCGCCAAGUACCUGACGUACGAGAACGCUGAGCGCUGGCUGAAGGAGCUGCAGGACCACGCUGAUGCCAACAUCGUCAUCAUGCUGGUGGGCAACAAGAGCGACCUGCGGCACCUGCGGGCUGUGCCCACUGAUGAGGCCAGGACCUUUGCAGAGAAGAACGGGCUGUCCUUCCUUGAGACGUCUGCUCUGGACUCCACCAACGUGGAGACAGCUUUCCACAACAUCCUCUCGGAGAUCUACCGCAUCGUGUCACAGAGGCAGAUCGCCGGACAGCCGGAGUCGGAGUUUGGCCCCACCACAACCAUCGAGCCCAUCGAGCCCAUCCGGGUGCUGCCCACGCAGCAGGAGGGCAGGCAGGCACCCUGCUGCCAGAACAUCUGA